UACCAUACGGUGCCGUUUUACCAUUUCCUUCCCGACCCUAAAACCCUACCUUCCAUACCCUCCCCAGUUUUCACUUCGCAUGAUGCUUCUAAGAAAAAAGCAGUCAGUCUUCUCCCUCCCUCCGUCUAUUGAAAAAUAGUUUGAUCUCUUUAUAAAUAAAUAAAUAAAUACUAAAGCCAAAAACAGUAAAUAAUGUCGGCCUUAUCAAGAGGCCUCAUUUCUCGUCUCCAUCGGAUACUGUCAGCCAAUUCAAGAACACCUCCAACAGCAACAACAAAGUUCUACCUCUUAAGAUGUUUCAGCGCUGAUGCUCUGAUCGAUGGGUCCCAGGUUGAGUACCAUCAACAAAGCCGGAUCAUUGAAGCAAAUCCGGGUGUAAUGACCCCAAAUUCAAAGCGAACAGGAGUCAUUGCAGUUAAAUGUGGAAUGACUGCUGUUUGGGAUAAAUGGGGUGCUAGGAUUCCUAUUACUGUCUUAUGGGUCGAUGAUAAUAUUGUCUCUCAAGUUAAAACUGUUGAAAAAGAAGGCUUCUUUGCUUUGCAGGUUGGUUGCGGGCAGAAGAAAGAGAAGCAUUUGACGAAGCCGGAGGUGGGUCAUUUUAGAGCUCAAGGUGUCCCCAUGAAGAGGAAAUUAAGGGAGUUUCCUGUUACAGAAGAUGCUCUUCUUCCUGUUGGUACUUGUGUUGGCGUUCGACAUUUUGUUCCUGGUCAAUUUGUUGAUGUCGCUGGAAUCACUAUGGGUAAAGGUUUUCAGGGUGGUAUGAAAAGGCAUGGAUUUAAAGGAGGGCCAGCAAGUCACGGUGCAUCCUUAUCGCAUCGAAGCAUUGGUUCUACUGGUCAGAGGGAUGCUCCUGGGAAGGUAUUUAAAGGCAAAAAGAUGCCUGGGCGCAUGGGUGGAGUUCAGAGAACGGUUAAAAAUGUUUGGGUCUACAAAAUAGAUCCUGCAAGGAACCUGAUGUGGGUGAAAGGCCAAGUCCCUGGAGCUGAAGGGAACUUUGUGUUCAUAAAAGAUUCUGUUUACAAGAAACCUGAUAUUCAGAUGCUUCCAUUCCCAACUUACUUUGGUGCAGAAGAUGAUGAUAAUGCAGAACCUCUAGUUGCUGAUCUUGGAGAAGUGGAUCCGUUUAUGGUUGCAGAUUAGUUGAUAGUUACAAAAGCAGGUUUUAUUGCCUUGCAGUCACCUUUUCGGUGAACAUGCAUGCUUAUGAUGGGCUUACACUCUUAUUAGCAAUCAAAUGAGGCUGUUAAACAGUUUUUUUUUUUUGGUCAAAGGACUGGAGGUGAAGGGAUUGUAAUUUUGUCAUUGAGUUCAUUUGACAUGUUGGAUUUUGAAAUCGGUUGAACACCUUUUUUUCUCUUCCGGUAUAACAUGGGAAAGGUUUCCUCAAAUAAAUAUAGGAACUUGUGGAUGCCUAGCAUGUGAUGUAAAAUUGUUGCAGAGUCACUGUUCGAAGCUGAUGCAUUGACUAUUAUGUUAAA